AUGAGGCCCGAGCUGUCUCUACUCUGCGCUGCCGCCUGGCUGUUGGUGUCCCCGGGCCGCGCCGCCGCCGCGCUGCCGCUGAGCACUUUAGAGAAGUUUCACUUUAAGUCAUGGAUGGUACAGCAUCAAAAGGAAUACAGCACAGAGGAGUACCACCACCGGCAGCAGAUAUUUGCCAGCAACUGGAGAAAGGUCACUGCCCACAACAAGAGGAACCACACGUUUAAAAUGGCACUGAAUCAAUUUUCAGACAUGAGCUUUGCUGAAAUAAAACGCAAAUAUCUUUGGUCAGAGCCCCAGAAUUGCUCAGCCACCAAAAGUAACUACUUUCGGGGUAGUGGUCCCUACCCAACUUCUGUGGACUGGCGUAAAAAAGGAAAUUUUGUCUCAGCAGUGAAAAAUCAGGGUGCCUGCGGCAGUUGCUGGACCUUCUCCACCACAGGGGCCCUGGAGUCAGCCGUGGCCAUCGCUAGUGGGAAAAUGCUAUCUCUGGCAGAGCAGCAGCUGGUGGACUGCGCCCAGAACUUCAACAAUCAUGGCUGCCAGGGGGGUCUCCCCAGCCAGGCCUUUGAAUACAUCCUGUACAACAAGGGCAUCAUGGGCGAAGACACCUACCCCUACAAGGGCAAGGAUGGUCAUUGCAAGUUCCAGCCCCAGAAGGCCAUUGCAUUUGUCAAAGACAUUGUGAACAUCACGCUCAAUGAUGAGGAGGCCAUGGUGGAGGCAGUGGCCCUAUACAACCCUGUGAGCUUUGCGUUCGAGGUGACCGAAGACUUCAUGUCAUACAGAAGUGGAAUCUACUCCAGUACUUCCUGUCAUAAAACUCCAGAUAAAGUGAACCAUGCGGUACUGGCUGUCGGAUACGGAGUAGACCAUGGGGUACCUUACUGGAUUGUGAAAAACUCCUGGGGCACAGAGUGGGGAAAGAAUGGGUACUUCCUCAUUGAGCGUGGGAAGAACAUGUGUGGCCUGGCUGCCUGUGCCUCCUACCCCAUCCCUCAGGUGUGAGCUGGGGUGCCAGCAGCAGCUGGUUGGUGGAGAACGGCUGGCCUCGUGCCCUGGAGGACACCCGGGAGCCCCUUCCUUCCACUCACCCCUGUUCCAAGGAGGAGGAGUCCCUGCACCACGUCUUCUGACAGCAUCACCAGCCAUGUGCCUUACCUGUGGUUUUCAAUGGACUCAAGCCCACGAGGACAGAAUAUUCUUUCUUUCCAGAGGAGCCAUUUCCAUGUGUGCAGAGCUCCAGUGACCAUAUUUUCUAUUUGUUCAAUAAAUGUUUGGGACCAUUCACAA